UAUAGUUGGGUGGGGAAAAUAUAAUAAAUAAGAAGAAACUUUUUGCUCCCAACCCUCUUUCAUCAUUUACGUUCCCCAUCUCCAUUUUGUCAAACCCACUAUUCACCAAUUUUCGAUAUCAGAAAAAAGCUAUGUUCCCCACUUAACUCCACCACCCUUUACCAUUAUCACCCUAACACUAAUCACUUAUCUCUAUUAACCAAAUUAUUCACACCAUUACCAUAAAGUAACUCAAUUUUCCCAAUAACCCUAUCAACUUUAUUAAUUCAUACUGCCCACUAUUUUCGUGCCUGGAUCCCACUACAAAACAAACCUUAAAAACGCUUUUCAAUUCAAUUACGCGUUUCAUUAAUUGUCUCUCGCCCUCAAACCAUGCGUUUCCUUCAACACAAGUCCAAAUUACAAAUAACAACACAACUUCUGGGAGUUACUUCAUUAAGCUAAUUAAACACCAGAUUAAUAAUAAUAAUAAUAAUAAUAAUAAUAAUAAUAGCAUUAAAAAAAUCAUCUCGGGAAAGAUGAAAUCCAUGCAACGUUUCCAGUUGACUCCCACCACCACGGCAAUAAAUAACACCUUGCAAAAUUUUCAAUAUAAUAACUAUAUUUUUUGUUAUUAUUAAUAUUAAUAUUAGUGCGAUUUAAUUUACUAAUAUAAUAAUCACGAAAUAAAUGUACUUGUGUUGUGAGAGCUAUCUUUCUUUCUUUUCUUUCUUUUCUUUCCUUCUAGCUAACUCUUCAUCUUCUUCUCGUUCUUCUCGUUCUUCUUCGUUUUCUCUCUCUUCUCUGGUUUUUGUGCCUGUGCUGUUACGGCACUGUCUUCUUCUCAUUUGCCGAGGUCCAAGGCCUCACCGGAGAGAGGGGUUCGAUUUGGCCGGACUGGAAUCUCCGGCGACAAUUAGCGGCCGAGGGGAUCGGAUCAGUUCUUGAGAGAGAAAGUGUGGUGAGGUUAGCGAGGGAGAGAGUGUGAGGGGGGGAAAAUGUACAAAAACCAGCUUCAGGAGCUGGCACAGCGAAGCUGCUUCAACCUGCCUUCCUACACGUGCAUUCGGGAAGGUCCUGAUCACGCGCCGCGUUUCAAGGCCACGGUUAACUUCAACGGCGAGAUCUUCGAGAGUCCUCAAUACUGCUCCACGCUCCGUCAGGCGGAGCACUCCGCCGCCGAGGUCGCGCUCAAUUCGCUCUCCAACCGUGCUCCCUCUCACUCCCUCGCCGCCAGGAUCCUCGAUGAAACGGGAGUGUACAAGAACCUUCUGCAGGAAAUUGCUCAGAGGGUAGCGGCGCCAUUGCCGCAGUACUUUACGUUCAGGUCAGGAUUAGGACAUCUUCCUGUGUUUACUGGGACAGUGGAGUUAGCUGGAAUUAUGUUUACUGGUGAACCUGCUAAGAACAAGAAACAAGCGGAGAAAAAUGCGGCUAUGGCGGCUUGGUCUUCUCUAAAGCAAUUGGCAAAAGAAACUGCAAGGUCUUCAACUGAACCUGAGAACAACGACGAACUGGAACAGAUCACUAUAGCACGGGCUUUGCGAAACUACCGUCUGAAGGAAAAGAUUUCAAUGUCAAAUCCAAAUGCGCCUAUUCCAUUUCCAAAGAAGUUUCAAAUUCAAAAUCCCAGACCAACCAGUCCUCAGCCUCCUCCUGCUGCUACAUCAAAGAUUCUUCCCUUAAUAUGCCAAAAGGCAGCUUCUCGAAGCAGGCAUCCUGUCGCAGCAUCGCCAGCACCAGCAGUCAGUGACAAUUCUGCUAUGCCACAACUCUCUGCCACAUCAGAUAGCCGAAGAAUUCGUCGCCCUAAGUUCCCUGCUGCUGGAGCAGCACCUUAUGUUCCCAUUAGACAGAUGAGACCACCUUGCCAGGGAAUGGCACCUCCGGUGACGAUAAGGACUUCUAUACCUGUAUUCUCUCCACCACCGCCAACAGCUGCCACAAUGUCUCUUCCAGUACUACGAGCUCCUCCUGUACGAGUUGCUCCUCCUGUUACUAUUAGGCAAGCUGUUCCAGUAUUUGCGGCUCCACCUGUAAGAAUAGACGAACCUGUUCCCAGCCUUACCAGCCUAGAACCCGUUCCUACCCGAAAAGACGAUGCUCCAACUAUUAGUUCCCCCAGCCUGGAAGACAAACUACCAGUUAAAACUCCAGAGACAGAGAUGAAGACUGAGAAAAUUUCAGCUGAAUCUGAGACAGUGCAGAGCUUGGCACAGCUGAAAAUUUGAUGCUUCAUUGGAGUUGAGGUCUGAAUCCAUGAGACUGUGGUCAUGGUUCUAUGACGAUGUGGAGUUUGCUUCUCAUGUUAUAAUGAGUGAUGUAAUAUCAUCCCUUCCUUUUGUCCUGUUAAAAUCAGACAGUUGGUGCCGGAUAGCAUCAGCGGUCCAAAUAUCUGUGAAAUUCAAGAGCGGUUUACCAUAUAAUUUGCCCUUUUUAUGUUUA